AUGAUAAAUUACCGCUCACUGGCAACGGUGGUUCAAGAUUUCAAUCACAUAGAACGGUGUAAGGACUCCCUGUACAUGGGGACUCCACCACGGGGGUUUGUAGACACCAAACUGAGGAAGAUCUGCCAACGCUACGCAGACAAACCCCGGUACGUGACCCUGUAUGAUCCUCUCAAGCGGAUUCCUGUUUACUCGGCUUACACCUUCAAAAAAACUGAAGGGGACAGCCGUGUGGACUACCCUUGGAUGUACGAACCACAGUUGGCAGAAAUUGAUGGAAAUGGGAACAUGCUACCUUUCCCCACUGGUUACCUCCACAUGAAGUUUGAGGACAGCCAGGCGGUGCUGGAUGACUACUCUGAUGUUGUGCUUUACGAAAGAGGUCACCUGAACCCUGACCAGCACCAGUCUACGCCACACGACCGCGCCGCCACCUACACCCUGACCAACGUGGUUCCGGAGAUACGAGAGUUCAACAUCGGGCCUUGGCGCGAGUACGAGGAGCGGAUCCGGGUGCGCCUCAAUAACUUCUGCCGCGGCACCGCCUUCAUCGUUACGGGAGUCACCACCAGGGGCAACAUGAUCCGCCGCAACAACCAGGACCGUGUGGCAAUCCCGGAAGAUGUGUGGUCCGCGUACUGCUGCACGGAUUACGAUCGCAAUUCGCCUCAUCCCGUGCGCGUCCUCUUCCCGUCCUAUGCAGCCUUGGCCAAGAACGCCAAAGAGAGCAACAGUGUUCAUGAGAUGACGGUGCAAGAGCUUGAGAUGUUCCUGAAAAACCACAUGGAUGUUGACCAGAACCUCCAGAUCUUCUAUGACAACUGCAUCUCUCCGUCACCCCUUCCUCUUUAUCUGCAACACACCAUCUGA